AAUAAUGAUAAUCAAAAUGACAAAAUCGGUAUUUAAGGCUCCCGAAAUUCGGCUCUAGCAUCAAUCGCCGAAGAGGCUCAGCAAUAGUCUGAAAAUCCAGUCGCUCCAAUCACUUAAAUCGUAUUCCACGAAAUAAACAUGUCGAAGUCCACGUUGUUUGUCCUGUCCGCCUACCUGCUCGUGGCUGUAGUUCUUGGAGGUGAUUUGACUGGGAUGGGUCGCUCGUCACUGGGAAAAGCUCCGUUAGUAGCUCUAACUCCGACCCAAGUUUGUAGAUCGAAUAGAUACGAGGUGGCCUGUUCGGAUACCCCGCUGAACAUGUGCGCAAACUUAAGAUGCCAGGGCUCCCGCGGCGUUAUUCAGUCUCUCGGUCGAGCUCCCGAAGAUAUGUGGUGUGGUCUCCGUAGAGCAUGCAGAAAUGGCGCGUGUAUGGCCCAACGACGAAUCCCGGAACCUGUUGGUCCGAAUACUUUCGCCACUUGCUCAAGGUCUUAAGGAGCAGUGUAGAAAAUUACACUGAGAAUAAAUAUUAUUGAUUGAAUAACUUUCUUCAUUGAACUGCAUUGUUUCGAAGAGAAUGAAUCUGCAGAUUGAUCUAA